AUGGCGUCAGCUUUCUACUGCAUUGUGCUCAUCUGUUUGACCAGUGGACUUUGGAUGGAGGCAGAGAAAUCUUGCAAUGACCUGGGAGGUAAUCUGGCUUCUAUCCAAACUCAAGUUGAAUACGUAUUCAUCAGAAAGUUGGUGAAAACGGCAACAGGCACAGAUAAAUUAACUUGGGUUGGAGGCUAUGAUGCUGUCAAGGAGGGUGUGUGGCUGUGGAGCGAUGGCACUAAGUUUAGCUACACCGGCUGGACAAAGGGGGAGCCAAAUAAUGCCGGUGGAAAGGAAAAUUGCAUGGACAUAAAUUUUAGAGAAACUGACUACGUCAACGACAGUCUGUGUUCUGAGAAGAGAUCGUUUGUUUGUUCUGCCGGCUCAUUGUCCCCGGCAUGA